AUGUAUGGUCCCGGUUUACAACCUAAAAAUAUUGUGAUGCCGGCAAGAUACUUUUUUGUAAAUUUCACUUCAUUCAAUGAAAGCUCGUAUUCCACAGAUUUCGCAGCAAAAUUUGCAGUAGAAAUUAAUGGAAAAUCUUUAAAAACGAAUAAAUGUAGGAUUUGGGUUAACACUUUAGAUCGCAAGGAUGGUACAUUUAUUAUACGUUACAAAGUGUAUGAGACAUGUACUGAAAUAGUAAUAAAUAUUUAUUAUCAAAGCAAGCAUAUUCAGGAUUCGCCUUUUAAAUAUGAAGGUCCUAUACAUCCAGACCAGUGUGAUUGCCCGCAAAAACAUUUAGAAACUUGGCUAAGAGAAUAUCAAUGCCCUUUAUCUUAUGAACAAAUAAAUAAUGACCUUAGAGAUUGUUAUGGCAAACAUGUAGGAUUCAAUAUGUUUGCUGAUAAUAUUUUACUUUCACUUACACGUAAGGUUGUAAUGCCUGAUAUGGAGCUAGUAAUCAAUCUUGGAGAUUGGCCAUUAGUACACAAAACAAAUGAACCGCUGCCCAUAUUUUCAUGGUGUGGUAAUGAUGAGACUCUUGAUAUAGUGAUGCCUACAUAUGAUAUCACUGAAUCUGCUUUGGAGAAUAUGGGAAGAGUAACCCUAGAUACAUUAUCAGUACAGGGCAGCAUAGGAAGCAAGUGGAAAGAACGUGAAAAUCGUGCUUUUUGGCGGGGUCGUGAUUCACGAGCUGAAAGGUUACAGUUAAUAGACAUUGCUCGUGCUUAUCCUGACUUAAUUAAUGCUUCCUUAACAAACUUUUUCUUUUUCCGUGAAAAAGAAGCACAAUAUGGACCAAAAAUGCCACAUGUAUCAUUUUUCAAAUUCUUUGAUUAUAAAUAUCAAAUCAAUAUCGAUGGGACAGUUGCAGCCUACAGAUUUCCGUAUCUUUUAUCUGGAGGUGGUCUAGUUUUCAAACAGGAUUCCCCUUAUUAUGAACAUUUUUAUAAGCAGUUACAACCCUGGAAACAUUAUGUCCCAAUUAAAAGAGAUCUUAAAGAUUUACCAGAUCUAAUAAAAUGGGCACAAGAACAUGAUGAUGAAGCAUACAAGAUUGCUAGAAAUGCAAGGGAUUUUGCAAAUGAAAAUUUAUUACCUCAACACAUUUUAUGCUAUCAUGCUGUCCUGUUUAGGGAAUGGAGCAAACGAAAUGUAGGCGAAAUAAAUGUUAAGGAAAAAAUGACUCUGGUACCACAACCAAAAUUUGAUUGUCAAUGUGACCCUGCUGAUUUUGUUGACCAUGACGAAUUG